GCAGUGAGAGUGCGCAGACCGGAAAGCUCGCCGGUGGGGAAGAUGGCGGACAGCAGCGGUCGUGUGGGCAAGAGCGGCGGCGGGAGUGGCGCGGGGAAGGGGGCGGUGUCGGCGGAGCAGGUAAUUGCUGGCUUUAAUCGCCUUCGGCAGGAACAGAGGGGCUUGGCAUCCAAAGCAGCUGAGCUGGAGAUGGAACUGAAUGAGCACAGCCUCGUGAUUGACACACUGAAGGAAGUGGAUGAGACUCGAAAGUGCUACCGCAUGGUUGGAGGUGUGCUGGUAGAGCGGACUGUCAAAGAAGUGCUGCCUGCCUUGGAGGGUAACAAGGAGCAGAUACAGAAGAUCAUUGAGACACUGUCACAGCAGCUUCAGGCAAAGGGGAAAGAACUCAAUGAAUUCCGGGAAAAGCACAACAUUCGUCUUAUGGGAGAAGAAGAGAAGCCAGCAGCCAAGGAACACUCGGAAGGGGCUAAGUCCAGCUCAGCGGGGGUGCUGGUCUCCUAGGAGCUAAGGCCUCAGCGGGUUUUUUUUUUACCCUGAGCCCCACUUGUAAUUUCUUUUUAUUAUUGUUAUUAUUUUCUUUGCUAUUGUAAUAUUUUGUUGUUGUUGUUGAUUAAAUGUUUUGGUCAAAUACUUAGCCAUAGCCUGAAACUUUAUCUCAUUUAGGGCUACACUGACAGCAUACAUGGCAUGGUGGCACACAUGCCUUUAAUAAUAAUAUUAGUGCUUGGGAGACAACAGAAGGCAGAUCUCUGGAUUCCAGGCCAGCCUGGUCUACAAAGUGAGUUCUUGGUCAUCCAAGGCUAUAUAGAUAAAGUGAAACCCUGUCUAAAAACAAAAAAACAAAAAAAUAAUAUAUGAUUUGCGUUGUUUCUACCAGGUUAAUAGCUCACACUAUCAGAAAGGAACCUCAGUUUGGCCUUUCCCUUGCAAAUAAACACAUCUGCUUACUUAAUGCUUUUCUGAAAGGGAUUCAGAGGGCUAAAGAGAUGGCUCAGGUGGCUGAGCAGUGAAGAGCUCUGUCUGCUCUUCCAGAGGGCAUCUGUUUUAUUAUCCCAAACAACCACCCAUAUGGUGGCUCACAACCAUCUAUAGUGGAGGUCUGAUGCCCUCUUCUGACACGAAGGUGUACAUGCAGAUAGAACACUUACAUAAGUAAACUAUAUAAAUCUUUUAAAGGAUUCAGAGACAAAAUGUUGACUCUCGGAUUGAGAUUUAAUAAGUGUUCGAAGUAGGGCAAGCGCUCUGAUGAGACUGCCUUGUAGGUUUGCCUUGACUCAGAGGCCUGGCCACGUGCCUCUCUGCUGUUCUUUAGAUAAAGAUUUCCAGGACGCAAACCUGUGAGCUAGCCGUCCUGCCGUCCUCACCAAAACCCCCAACCAAAUAAAGCUGGUCAUUCCAAAGGCAAGUCCGAUGUCCCACACGCUUCAGUCCACGGUCUGUGCAGGGAAAGUGGAACCACAGAGGCGGAGAUUGGCCUGUUGAGUGAGAGCAGAGGGGGGUUACUGACUGCUCCAACCUUCUCCAGUAUGCACGCCUGUUAUCUUUCCCAAGUGAUCUGUCAGCCUUUUCAAAUGUUUAAUAUUCUACUUAUAUUGUCUAUUGUAUUUUGUUUUGCUUUUUGAAACAGUGUCUCACUCUGUCACCCUGGCUAGUCUCACACUCUAGAUCAGGCUGGCUGGCACCAAAAACUCCCAGAGAUCUGCCUGCCUCUGCCUCCCAAGUGCUAGAAUUAAAGGUGUGAACCACUA